CCAUCAGGCCGGUCUUUUUUCUGAAUCGCUUUUAACAUUUGGAGUGUGAACAUAGCAAUGUUAGGAUAGACAGUUGUUAGUUCCUGAUUGUUAUUGAUGAGGGCUUUGAGGAAAGAGUUCAACAAAAGCAAGAAUGGAAAUCUAAAGUUUGAUGUGUAAAAGUAGAAGUAGUACUCUUGAAAUGAUAUAAAUAAUAUCGUAGUGUCUUGCGCAACCCUGGAGUGUGAACCAAAACACACGAGAACGUGUUGCAACUAUCAUUUGACCGCUACAAUAAUUUUCACAUAAUGUGGUCAUAAAACCCAAAUACCUGGGUUUAUUUUGUCCUUGGCUUCCGCUGCAUGUCGACAUAUUUCAACAUCAAAUGGACACUUAGUUUGUUGGCAAUGGCAUCAUAACCGUACAUCUCCUAUGUUGUAGCUACCUAGAUAUAGAAACCGUACACAGUUCAUCAACAUCUAUCUGGUCGAGCUGGAGAGUACUAACAUACACCACGCAUCAGAAUCCUCUCCUGUCCAUUAAGUUGAUCUUCAAUUCGUUCUAUCUGUUGUUGAAUCAUCGAAAGAUGAACAAAGGUUUUGGAAAGAAUUGGUUGACAGUAGGUGUAUUAUUAUUUCUGUGGUCAAUUCUGGUGAUUCCAAGCUCAGUUGUGGGGGAGUGCACAUGCGAAGAGGAAGAGGAGAAUGAAGGUGGUGAAGAAGCAGCAGUGGCUCUGAAAUACAAAAUAACAGCUUUGGGUACGAUUCUGGUGGCAGGUGCAAUCGGUGUAACCAUUCCAACGCUGGGGAAGAUCAAAAGGUUCUCUGCCUUGAGUCCAGAGAGGGAUUUCUUCUUCUUGGUAAAGGCGUUCUCAGGAGGGGUAAUAUUGUCCACUGCUUUUAUACACGUCUUGCCCGAUGCUUUUGAGAAGCUAACAUCUCCCUGCCUCAAGGAACAUCCGUGGGCAGAUUUUCCUUUCACGGGAUUCGUGGCCAUGUUAUCUGCAAUUGCUACGCUCAUGGUUGAUUCUCUUGCUACUGCGUAUUUUGGUCACACUGGCAAUGGCAACAUCUCCCAAGACAAGAUAGAGGAGGGAGUAGAUCACGUGCAUCUUCAUACACAUGGAACUCAUGGUCAUUCUCAUGGUUCCACUUCUUCGUCAGACUCCACACAACUCCUUCGUCAUCGUAUUAUUUCUCAGGUGUUAGAGCUAGGAAUUGUGGUUCAUUCUGUGAUAAUUGGGAUCUCGUUGGGAGCAAGUGAGAGUCCAAAGACCAUAAAGCCUCUAAUUGCUGCCUUAACUUUCCAUCAAUUCUUUGAAGGCAUGGGCCUUGGUGGCUGCAUCUCGCAGGCAAAAUUCAAUAGAAGAGCAGUUGUAACAAUGGCAGUGUUCUUUACAUUGACAACACCAGUUGGAAUAGCGAUUGGGAUAGGGAUUAGCAACGCAUACAAGGAGAACAGCCCAAGAGCACUGAUUGUGGAAGGGGUCAUGAACGCGACAUCUUCCGGGAUAUUAAUUUACAUGUCUCUCGUGGACCUGCUCGCAGCAGAUUUCAUCAACUCAAGAGUCCAACAAAGUGGCCGGCUUCAGUUUGGAGCUUAUACUUCUCUUCUACUUGGAGCUGCUUGCAUGUCUAUUCUAGCUAAAUGGGCUUAAACACCUCCAUCUUUUUCGUUUUUGUGUAAUGCCAACUGCAUCCAAUAGGAACAAUUUCAAAAAAUUAAUACGACAAAUGCUUUCGUUUAAUUA